GGUGUUUUGUGUGCUGUAUGGUGCUUUAUUCAUUUCAUAGACCGGUCAAAAUUGUGUUUUGAAUAAUUUUCUUCCUUUAGUUUACACGUGGAAUACUUUACAUUACAAGUUAAAUAUUUACAGAAUAACAGUUGUAUAAAGUGCUAAUAAAAAAUAAAAUUUACUCGAAAAGAGUUAUUUUGAUACAAAAGGGACACGUAAAAUUGGUAUGUACAUAUACAUGAUGAAACAGCGGAGUUGAGGUUAUGUAGUAACAAAAAGAGGAAUGAACAGAAGCAAUGAGUACUAACGAAAAUUGGCAAAAUUUCACCGAAAAAAAAUAUACAAGGUUCAAAACAACGAAGCAGUCUAGUAAAAGUGUGCCUCUUAUACAAUUUUUACAAACUGAAUUAACACGAGGAUAUCAAUUGGAAUAUGAUGAGGAAAGAUUUUCUGCAAGGAGAGAAAAAAUUUACUCUUUCAUGAAAAUACCAAGAGAAGUUGAAAAGUUUAUGGUCUAUGGAUUUCUGCAGUGUGCGGAUUCUUUUUUGUUUGUUUAUACAUUUCUACCAUUACGAUUCGCAAUGGCCUUAUGGACAGUAAUUACAAGACUCCUUUGGCGCUGUUUAGGCAAGGAGAGGGAUAAUUUAAGAGUUGGAAAAAGGCGGCUACGGCCCGCAGAAAUCUGCGAUCUUCUAAAAGGCUUUCUGGUGAUUUGCUGUUGGAUAGCUACUUGGAAAGUUGACACUUCCAUGAUGUAUCACUUAGUGAAGAGUCAGUCUGUAAUAAAAUUGUACAUAUUUUACAAUAUGCUGGAAGUUGGCGAUCGACUGUUCAGUGCAUUCGGUCAAGACACAAUUGAUGCUCUUUUAUGGACUGCUACAGAACCUAGAUCGAAGACACAAGCCAGAUCUCAGCAUUUGGGUACUCUGCCACAUUUGCUAUUUGCUGUUACUUAUGUCUUAUUGCACAGUAUACUGGUGCUCUUCCAAGCAACCACACUGAACGUAGCAAUAAAUAGCAGCAACAAAGCUCUGCUUACUAUAAUGAUGUCCAAUAAUUUCGUUGAAUUAAAAGGUUCCGUCUUUAAGAAAUUCGACAAGAAUAAUCUGUUCCAACUAUCUUGUGCAGACAUUAGAGAACGUUUCCAUAUGAUGAUGCUUCUUUUUGCUGUCACUCUCCAAACAAUGAAAGAGUAUGCCUGGAAACCAGAACGCCUCAUAGUGCUCUUACCGGAUUGUAUAAUGUUACUAUUGGCAGAAGUCCUUGUCGAUUGGGUAAAACAUGCAUUCAUAACUCGAUUCAACGAACUUCCUUCCACUGUGUAUAGAGACUAUACAAUAAGCUUAGCCUACGAUAUGACUCAACCUCGUCAAGAAACAGCGUUUUCUGAUCAAUCGGACUUGGUAGCACGUCGGAUGGGCUUCAUUCCUCUUCCCCUGGGCGUCGCAAUCGGAAGAAUCACGCCGUCUCCGAAAGCAGCAAACAUCAUUUUAUUACUUCUGGCCUACCUAAUUUUAAUCGCCGUUAGAAUUCUAAUUAGUUUGAUAAUUCUUGGCAAGGCAUGUGAUAUUAUUUCCUCGCAUUCAGAAGAAUCAAACGUUACGAUCGCGUCUUUUAAAGAUCAUUCUCGGACUAACCCUGAGUCGAAGAGCACAAAUUUAGCCACCACAAUGUUUUCUAAUAGCUCGAUUAGCUUGAACAAUGUUUGCUUAAAUGAUGCUGUGCUCAACGAGGAAAUAUUAGAAGAUACUGAAAAAGUUAGAAAAGACGCGACACUGUAA